UCUGUGGAGUCAGUGCUUCUGAAAACAGCUGCCUUCUUUUUCAUGCAUGUGAACUAAGGAAUAUUUUUUCCCUCCAUCAUCUAAAAGCGGUGCCCUGAUGGCGGAGUGCGUGGGCGGCGCCGAGGCGCUCUCGGAGGGCGACGCCUGGUCGGGCGAUGAGCUGGAGGAGGGCGAGAUUCCGGACGGUGACUGGCACGUGCUGGACCAGGUGGGCAGCACGGCGGCCACCGGCGCCCGCCGCUCGCCCAGGAACGCCUCGGCAGAGAGGCGCCACCACGCCGAGCGCAAAACACGCAGACGCCCUCAUUCCGGCAAGGACAGCUCGAGUGACUCUGGAUCGGACGGCGGCCGUCGCUGCCGCCACAGUCAGCGCCACCGGCCGUCAGCACAUCACCGACACUCGCGCGCGCGCCGCUCGCCGCACCGCUCCCCGCGCCGCUCGGCCCGCCGGCCGCGCUCGCCACCGCGCGCCUCGCCGCCGCCCAAACGGCGCAGGCCCGUCGAAUCGCCAGAGCCGCCGCCGCCGCGUAGUCUAGGCGAGCUGUGCCUGCGAGCGCGCCAAAAACAGGCCUCGCCGCCGCCGCCGGCACCGCCUCCACCGCCGCCGCCGCCACCACCACCUCCGGAGCCAAAGCUGGAGAUACCUCUGCCGGCAGGGCCGCCGCCGGGCGAGACGGCCGAGCCGGAGCCGGACCCAGAGCCGGAGAUCGUCGAGCUGGAGCCGCCAAGAAAACCGUCGCCGCCGCUAAUCGUAUUGGACGAAGAGGAUUCGCCUCCACAGCCGCCCGAACCGCCGACAGAGCCGGAGACCAGCGAGGUGUCCAUAGUGGAAGAUAAGCGAGAUGUGGCCUUUUUGGCGGCUGUCAAUGCUGUUGAGGAAGCUCCGACCGAAGAAGUCAAGCCAGAGGGAGAUGUAUCAGCGGAGUCGGUACAGGCGGAAGCGCCUGUUGAAGGAAUAGAGACAGCAGAAGUAGAAAAGCCAGCGGAAGUAGAAAAGCCAGCGGAAGUGCAAGAAGUCAUACCUGAGAAGGAGGGAGAAAUGACUGUGGAAGGCGAUGAAGAAGAAGGUGUUGAAGAAGAGGAGGAAGAUGACGGUCCAGACGAGACGGAACUGGAGCUGCGGCUGAUGGCGCUAAGGAGCGUGUUUGACCGUUUCACUGAGGAAGAGGCCAAAAUGGAGAAGGAGGCGGGCGACGCCACCGAGGAGCAGGGUCACUCGGAGUCCUCUGAGGUGACUGACGAGGUGUCUCGGGCGUCCUCAGAGAGCGCAGAACAGGCAGCGAAGUCUCCCAAAGGGAGAGCAACGAGACGGCGCAGGGCGAGUGCCGCCAGUGGGAGGCGAGAGUUGAGUCCGGGACAGUUGAGAGCCAAGACAAGGAAGGGACGGAAACAAGACGCGCAAGAAUCGUCCUCGAAGCUCUCCAUGGUGAAACGACGACAGAAAAUAUCAGAUCGUAUGUUCCAGGAGAUCGAAAAGCAACUGUCGAAACGAAAAGACUUUGAUAAGAAUGUGUUUGAGAAGGAUCCGUUGAAGUAUUUUGUAGGAUCUCCACCGAAGCGUGCUGUGUCUGCCAUGUCUGAAGUCUUUACCAAAUCAUCAUAUGCUGAGCAGUUCCAAGCUUUCAUGAAGGCGGUCAGUGCACCUCGCGUGACCGGCAACCGCAAGAUGAGCGCAGCAGAGAGCUCUAAAAAGCGCCGCGUGUCGCGAACUCCGCCCACCUCUCCGCCACCGCUGCCACCGGACCCGCCGCCUCCGACCUUCCCACCGCCCCCUCCGCCUCCCCCGAUACCGCCGCCGCCGCCUCCGCCCCCGCCCCAGCAUCCGCUGCCCCCGCCGCCGCCGCCCCUACCUCCCCUCUCCCCCUCUGACCCGCUGUGUGUCCUGACCGCUCCUCCCCCUCCGCCGCCGCCGGACCCGCACCCCCUCACUGCUCCUCCCCCACCCUCUCUCACCGCUCCUCCCCCACCCCCUCCUCCGUCGCCGCCUCAUCCGUCCUCUGAUGCUCCGCCCGAUCCUCCGGCGGCGGCUCCGACCGUCCCCCAGCCUACUCCGGCGGCGCAGGAGACUUUAGACCGGCCCCAGCCCGUCCGGCAGCGUUCUCGGCAGCUGUCGGCCACCGCAGAGGAAGACGAGGACGAGGACGUACUCCGGGCACAACUGCUCAUCUCCAUGGCGGCGACCCGCCCGGAGCGCAGGGUACCCACCGCUCCUACAUCUGCUCCCGCUCCUCCACCCGCGGCGGCACCCGCACCGGCGACGACCCGGGCAACGACUGCGGCCAAUCAGAAGAGAGUGGCAGCGCUGCGCGCUCGGCGGCUGGCGGCGGAGAAGGUCCGGCGAGCGGCGGCGGCGGCGCAGCAGGUCAAACCUCCGGAGCCCCCGCCGGCCACCAAGCGGUUCAUCAUUAACCUCCAGUCGGACUCUGACGAUUCAGACCUGGGCGGCUCGGACGGCGAGGGCUCGGCGGCGGCUGGCGGCGGCAGCGACUUUCUCGGUCAGUUGGACCAGUUCCUGCGCCAGGCGCGGGAGCAGAGCGGUCAGGUGUCCCGGUCGGCGUCCACGUCAGGCCGCCCGUCGCCGUCACAGACACCGCAGCCGGCGGCGGCACCGGCGCAGAGCCAGCAGGCGGGGCCGCAGCCGCCGCAGACCCCUCAGCAGAAGACGCAGAGGGCCCCGGCGAAGGGAACGCCCCAGGAUCUAGCCAAGCUGCUGCCGAAGGACCGACUGGACGAAUACAUGCGUCUAAAGGAAAUCAUCCGGGCGAAGGAGCAACAGAAGCUGGCGGAGAGGAAAGCCCGCCAGCCGGCCGCUGCCCAGCAGUCGACAGCGCUGGUGCCCAAACCAGCCCAGCCGCUGGUCAAGUCCGUCCCAGGGCAGUCCAAAGCUGCCCCGGUGCAACCGAAGCGUGUGGCGGUGCAGCUUAAAUCGACUGCGUCACAGGUCGCGCUGGCUGCGGUACCGUCAAAGCCUGCUUCUCCGCAGCCUCCGCCGUCUCCCGUGAAACCCAGGGAGACCACAGCGCAGGCCAAACCGACUGCUGUGCAGUCAACGUCAGUACGAGUAGCAGUGAAGCCGAAACCGAGCUCCUCACAACCCACACCGGCUUCUGCGCAGCCCACAGCGACCGCAGCCAAACCAAAGCCGGCUGAAACGCAGUCCAAGGCGGCUGCCCCAGUGCUCAAAGCUUCCGCACCCAAACCAGCUGAACCCAAACCUGCUGCGUCCAAACCAGCUGAACCCAAACCUGCUGAACCCAAAGCUGCUGAAUCCAAACCUGCUGCGUCCAAACCAGCUGAACUCAAACCAGCUGAACCCAAACCAGCUGAACCCAAACCAACUCAACCCAAACCCUCUUCACCCAAACCAGCUGAACCCAAACCGGUUGAGCCCAAACCAGUUGAGCCCAAACCAGCUGAACCCAAACAUGCUGAACCCAAACCUGCUGUGCCUAAAACAGCUGAACCCAAACCAGUUGAGCCCAAACCAAUUGAUCCAACACCAGUUGAACCCAAACCUGCUGUGCCUAAACCAGUUGAACCCAAACCUGCUGCGCCCAAACCAGCUGCGCCCAAACCAGCUGCGCCCAAACCAGGUGCGCCCAAAUCGGUUGCAGCCCAGGCAAAACCAGCUGCCCCAAAAGCUACACAACCAGCAACGGGCUCUUCGGAGACAAAAACUGUUUCUCGGCAGUCUGAUGGACGUAUGGCGAAAUCGGACCCGGCCUCUGCAGUUCCUGUAUUGGCGGCUGUUGAGCCCGGCUCAGACGCCAGUAAAUCUGAUGCUACGCCGCGAGCAGUGCCUGUUUCGUCCAUCGCUACGGCAGAGAAAUCUAGCACAGAUGUGGCAGUGGACAAGGCCGCCGCUCCCGCCUUCCAGUCGUUGUUCGCCCCCAUUCGCUGGGGUGUGUCGGUCGUGCGCCCCGCCGUCGCUGCCCCGGCACCUCCGCAGCCAUCGCUCAAACCGACCGCAUUCACCCCUCGCCAAGUGGCGCUCCAGCCGCGGCCGACGGCAGGCGCUGGAGAGAUUGCCGGCGCGGCCGCCUCUGGCGCCGGCUCUAAGGCUGGCGGUGCCGCUGCGACGCAUGACAAGCGGCCUGCCGCUGGGCGGGCGCCCGCUUCUGAACCGGCCGCAGUGGCUCCCGAACCUGUCGCUGCUGCCGAUAGUGUCUCAUCGAAGCCACCAGCGAAGCAAGAUGCUCGGGCUCCUGGACCUGUGAUUCAGCGAAAGGAAGUUGGUGUCAGCGAUCCUGCCAGUGAUACGGCAGGAGACCAGCGGGACGCCCAGCAUCCACCAGACCAGAGGUCGGAGACAGCGGCGAAGACUGGCGCUGAGAAGAAGGCAAGUGAUUCAUCGGUAACGGGAACCGCGAUGUCCGGUGACGGCACUUCAGGACAAGUGGCGACGGAAUCGGGCACCUCACAGUCGAGUCUGUUUGAAAAGUUUGUGUUUGCUUCUCCUGACGUGGAGAAGCUGUCGGCACCAGUGUUGGGCGUACGACUGGAGCGUGACACGUAUUUCCGCAAGGUUCUGACUGGCCUGGUCACUCCUCCUGGGGUCCGGCGCUUAUUUGGAGCCGAGCUGCCUGAUCAAGAGAGUUCGGUUACUGGUGAAGAAAGCCCUGCGCUCGAUGGGAACGGUACAGCUCCAGCAGAGAGCGUUACCUUGUCUAGCCCGCCUGCCGCCGCCGACAAGACAAUGGUAGCUCCAACGGUCACCACCGAUAAGCCUUCACCUGCGGAGACUGUUCCAAAUCCUCCCGACGUUACAUGCUCGGAAGGAGAAGCUGUAACAUCUGCGUCCCUCAGCUGCGCGCCUGCCGUCCCGGCGCCCGCCUCUGAGCCGUGUCCUGGCACUCCUGUACGGGUAACUCUCAGUGACGAGGCACUGCGGGCUCGGUACGGUGCGUCGCCCUGCUCUGUCCGGCUGCAGCGGCUCUCCCCAGCGGAGAGAGGGACAUCAGUUCGCCAGUCGGUGGACUCUCACGAGCCACACGGGGUCAGCACAGCGCCAGCGGAUAUAACCGAGAAAACUACUGAAGACCCAGUUCCGGCGCACGAUUCAUCUAAGUCCGGAGAGGAUGUGGUACAUCCUACCAGUCAGGACUCGGCCAUGUCCCGGCCUGUCCCCGAGCCGGUUGUGGCUGAAUCGACAAAGGAGGCUCUGCCAGACACCAUGCCUCCCGUCAUCACCGGCGUCAGUGACGCACCCAUGGAGACCACUUCAGACGACGAGUUGGACGCCGAAGAGGUUCUCCAGGAGGUGGGCGAGAUGUGGGAGGAUGUGGAAGUGGAGGAGGAAGAAGAGGAAGUGGAGGAUGGAGGUUCUCCAGAUCACAUUCCCCCAGAUUUGAGCCGACUGCCGCCCCUGAGCAUCACAUUACAGGUGACGAGACCGAUGGUCGGUCAGCCGGCCGCCUGCUCCAUUCACUAUGAGGAGGACGAGGACAGAGGGCAGGAAGAGGAGGAGGAUGGUGGGGAGGAAGAGGAGGACCAGCAGCCCGGGCAUGAGCAGCCGUCCCCGGCACUCUCUGACGCCGAGCUGGAUAGGAUGAAGCGCAUCCUGAUGGUGCAGCAGCUGAAGACGUCGGAGAGGAAACUGCGAGACGUUAGAGCCACACUGCAGGAGGAGACCCAGCUGUCAGCCGCGCUGCAGUCCAAGCUGCGCGCCGAGCGCACGGCCGCCGCCGAGGCCGGCAUGGCCGUGGCCCGUCUGCGGGCCGAGCUGGCUGCCGCCGAGCGCCGCCUGGCCGAGCGCACCUCGCUGUGCGACCGUCUGUCGCAGCAGCUGCGGCUGGUAGCCACCGAGCGCCUGCUGCCGGCCCGGCAACAGCGCCGCGAGCUGGAGAACGCCUGCUCGCGCAUGGGCGGCGCCCUGUUCGGAGAAGAGUACCAGCUGCCCGUCCAGGGGCUGGCCGAGUCCUCAGAUGAGGAGGAGGAUGCUGAGGAACUCGAGGACACUGAGAGGACGGAGGACAGUGGGGAUACGCGCCCGGUCCCACGGCAGACCGCUGCCGGGGACGGGGCUCCGUCAGAGAAUGUCUCGGCGAUAUUAGAGACGGAGCGGCGCGACGCUACGAUAGACACUGGCGUGGAAUCUGCUGACCGGCCGGCGACUGUAGCCGAGCCGCGUAAACCGCCCCUGGCCCCAGCCACGGCCGUAGCCCAGCCUGUCGUGUGCUCAGAGACUGCUGUGGCUCAGAUUACACCCACAGUCACUAUGGUGAAGCCGAUAUUCCCGGUGUUAAACAUUGAACAGUCGCCAGAAUCCGACUCUGUGCCGAUCAGACCCAAACGAUCACGUGCUCAGAAAUCCGCAAAGAAAACUCCCCAGUCUCCGGUCAAGAAAACGCCCCAGUCUCCGGUCAGGAAGGCGCCCCCGUCUCCUGCCAAGAAGACGCCCCAAUCUCCGGUCAGAAAGACGCCCCCGUCUCCUGCCAAGAAAACGCCGCAAUCCCUGACCAAAACAAUCACCCACUCUCCAAUCAAGACGCCCGAUUCUCCAGCCAAGAAGAAUCCCCCGUCCCCCGCGAGGAACACUCGCUCAUCCGCGGCCAAAAAGCCGCAGCCGGGUUCUCCGUCCUCGCCGGCAUCCAGUCGACGUGGUCGGUCGCGGAGCAGAGUGUGGCGGCGCAGCCCCCCGCCGCCACCGGAGCCGCCUCACGGGCUCCACUCGGUGGUGCAGCGGCCGGAGCGGCGGCCCACGGACGCCGACCGACCAGAGGAGCUGGGGCGCCGCAGCCGGCGGCCGGAGCGGUUCGCCGGGCCGCUGACGGGCGCGCCGGCCGCCGAGCCGCCGCCGCCGCCCCCGGCGCAGACGGUGCCGCCGACGGACGUCAGUGGCCUGCAGUGGCCGCCCGUGCUGGCCGAGUUCAGCGCGCUGCUCCGCGAGACGGCCAGCGACGACGUGACGCCGCGCGCCGCGGCCCGCUACAGGCCCUACGAGUCGCCGCUGCAGCCGCCUGCCCCAGCCAGCAUCGGACGACUGAACCCGCACCUGGUGGUCUGCAAACACGACCUGCUGGGGCGCUGUAACGCCCGCCGCUGCCCCUACCAGCACCUGGGCUCGGAGCGCGAGUGGCGGCACCAGACAUCGGCCGGGCCCUCCUACCCGCACGGCUCGACACGUCACCACCACGAGCACAGGUAAGGUAUGGCGGCUGGCUCAGUGCGUGUGUGUUCAGGCGGUAGAGCGUGAGAGAGUGAUGGUGUAGCCGGGAGACCUGUGACGUCAUCGGACCAACUCCGAGACCGGCCGGACGCCACGGAUGAACGACUGAGCGAGGAAGUCACAAAGGGUCGUCAUCCGAAACGGAGGCGUCUCGUCAGCACCGGCCCAGAUUCUCCGCGGUGACGAAGCGCGGCGUACCGUCAGCGCUCCCGACCGGCUGUGGCUAGUGACGUCACGGAAGGACGUGGCCGGCGGCGGUGGAUAAACUAUUGACGUCACUGGCACAGAGGACCAAUCGCCGGCCUACAUGCCGCGGGCAAUUACCGUCACAAAUCGAGCAGCUGGUAAUGCGUGGCUGCGACGGCUGAACCGUCCGCGUCAAACGCCUCCAGCCCAAAGGGUAAAAUACGAGCUUUGCUGCUGCGUCGGCCAGUCGUUCUGCGGUGGCGUCAUUUGCUCAGUGUCGGCUGGUGCUCAGGGAAACGCGCCGGGGCGCUCGUUCAAGCCAAAACCUCGCGGCGCCGCGGGGCUCGCAAAUGUGACAUGGGUGCCUUCGUGCCAGUGUGCUGGCGCCGUGUUGUGCGUUUGAAGAUGUGAACCAUUGUCGCUGCUUAUCCUAGGACUGAGUGUUAUUGAAUGGUGUUUGUUCCAGAGCCGCUCAGUUUUGUUGUAUUUCCAAAUAACCAUAUGACGUCAACGUUUCAAAAAAUGAGAAUAUAUUCAAUGUAUGAAAAA